CCGAAUCAAUGCAGCCUCCUUAACCCCUGAACAACAACAAUGGACAUAUGAAAUGUUAACAGGACAAGGAAGAUAUGCAAAUGAACAAAAUACUUAUGCCUGGGGAGCCUAUCAACAGGUUUCCAUGACGGCAAUUAGAGCAUGGAAAGCUUUAACUAAAAAGGGAGAAGGAGCAACCCAGCUAACCAAAAUUAUACAGGGCCCACAGGAAUCAUUUUCAGAUUUUGUGGCCAGGAUGACCGAGGCAGCAAACAGAAUUUUUGGAGAUUCAGAAUCUGCAAUGCCUCUUAUUGAGCAAUUAGUUUUUGAACAAGCAACACAAGAAUGCCGUAAUGCCAUUGCCCCUCGAAAGGGUAAAGGAUUACAAGAUUGGUUAAGGGUAUGUAGAGAGUUAGGGGGCCCAUUAUCUAAUGCAGGGCUGGCGGCAGCUAUAAUGCAUAUUGCCAAAAAUGCUCCUCAAGGAAGAGGCAAAGGACCUUGUUAUCAAUGUGGCAAAAUGGGACAUUUUAAAAAAGACUGCAAGAGUGCAGCCCCAAAUAAUCUUACAACUGAAAUCUGCGCUAGAUGCAGAAAAGGGGCACACAAGGCCGAGAACUGUAGAUCUAUAAGAGACAUUGAGGGAAAACUUUUGGUUCCCCCAAGGCCUUGGAAGAGCCCAAAGCAAGAAUUUAAGCCAAAAAACGAGAUGAGGGGCCCUCGGUUCCAGGGCCCAGACAAAUAUGGAAACCCCGCCCAAACAUGCCCAUGGUCCAAAGCCCAAUUGCAGCAGCGAUUCGGGGACCGAUUUCAGGAAAUCAUCUCCCCCACGGAGGAAUGGGAAGAUUGGACGUGUACGCCACCUCCAAUGUCCUAUUAGAUUCAGAUCAAGGACCCCAACCUGUUCCCGUGCAGGUCUUAAUGGCCUCUACAAAAAGUUUACAAGGUCUUCUAAUAGGAUGUAGUAAGUUUUCAGGACAAGAGAUA